AGGAUGGUGGAUUUGCGUCUGCUGCUGGUGGGGGGAUGAGGGGUGAAAAAUCAGUGGGUGAGCGCGUGGCAUUGUGUCACGUUGUGGGAAAGCAGUCUCGCGUGAGCGUGGAGGCGAGGAGGGGCGACUUACCAGCCGACCGAGAUUUUCUAUUUUGUACAUACACUGUUUUGUAUAUACUGUAUACGAUGACUUCAGUGGGCAGUGAACGUACCCGGGGCACUCGGGACAAAAUGCAAACUUCAACCACACAGCCAAUGCAACAACAGAAACAAGUAAUACAGGCAACAGCAGAACAGAUUCGUCUUGCUCAGAUGAUCUACGAUAAGAACGACGCAGAUUUUGAAGAUAAAGUGAAACAACUUAUUGAAGUGACGGGGAAAAACCAGGAUGAGUGCAUAGUGGCACUACAUGAUUGUAAUGAGGAUGUGAACAGAGCAAUCAACAUACUGCUAGAAGGAAGUUCAGACACUGCUUCUUGGGAGACCGUAGGGGGAAAGAAGAAAAGCCUUGGAAAAGAAAGCUCAGAAAACAAAGAGAACAGAGAAAAACGAGGAGACAGAGAAGUGAGUCGUGGGCAGGGAAGCUCCAACAGACGGGGAAGAGGAGGCAGCCAUGGCCGAGAGUUUAAAGCUGAAGAGAAUGGAGUGGACAACAAUCAAGGAGACAGACCUUCAGACCGUGGAAAACAUGGCCGUGGGAGAGGUGAGAUGGUGGCAUUUGUGUGGGACUGGUACUUACUGGUUUCAUUUUCUGAUAUGGAACUCUAUAAUUUAUUUAAAACCUUUUUAAGCAUUUGUUGGUUAUCCUUUGAUUCUAUAAGCACUUCAGCCAUAUUUAAUUAGGUCCCUUCCCCCUCCCAUACCCCUUUUUAUUGUUGGGUCUCAAGAUGACUUAGAGGUGAUUUGUGUCAAUUAUUUUAUGGCAGUUUUUUUUGUGUGAUUGACUGGUGUGCUCAGGCUAUGGAGAGCUCUUUUCCCAGUUCAUAUCAUGCCAGUCUCCUGUGAGUGACUGGACUCCUCAAUAUGUACCUCGGUAGCAGGAGAGUACAAGAUUCCAUCUGUAGAUCAAUUGGAGGGAUUUGACACGUACUUGUCAUUUCUUUUGGGGGAAUUCUGUUGUCAUGCUUACCUUCUGUUUUCAGUAGCCAUUCAAAGUACUUGCCACCUUAGAGGCAUUUAGGAAAGAGGAGGAGUUUGAUAUGGAAUUGUUCAUGAGGAGAGCUGUGGAAAGAGCACUGUGGAGUCAUAAGUACAACUCCUAUUGUACCCUACAGAAGAGAAAGGAAAGAUGUUGGAUUUAGUGUGGAAACAAGGGAUGCAUAGUUGUUUUGAAUGUUCAUGAGAUCAAGUAGAAAGAAGCUUGUUUUUCUUGGAACAAGAAGGGAAAUGGGUAAUCUGAGAAUGGUACAAAUUGUAUGGGGAAAUAGAUAUUAAUUAAUAAUAAUGGAUAUUAAAUAAAUUGUGACCAUGAAAUUCUGGAGGGUGUCAAAGAGGUUGUGCAGCAAGCUUGCUACUCUGGACUUCAGGAGAGCAGACUUCAAACUCCUCAGGGAAAUGCUUGGGAGGGUGACAUGGGAUAAAGCCCUGGAGGGAAGAGGGGCCCAAGAAAGCCUGUCAGUAUUCAACAACCAUCUCCUCCAAGCUCAGAAGCAGUGCACCCUCAGAAACAGAAAGGCAGGCAAGAAUGCCAGGAGGCCUCUGUGGAUCAACAAGGAGCUCCUGGACUUACUUGUGCAGAAAAAUAAAAUCUAUGGGGAGUGGAAGCAGGAACGAGUUACCUAGGAGGACUACAGAGAAGUUGUCCGAGCAGCCAGGGGAUCAGGUUAGGAAAGCUAAAACUCAGAAUUAAAUCUAGCCAAGGACAUCAAGGGAGAACAAGAAGAAAUUCUACAGAUAUAUCAGUGAUAAAAUGAAGGAUGAGGAAGAUGUGGACCCUCUCCAGAAGGAAACUGGAUACCUCGUCACAAGGGAUAUGGAUACAGCUGAGGUGCUCAAUUAUUUCUUUGCCUCGGUCUUCACCAGCAAGGGCUCUAGCCACACCACCCAAGCUGCAGAAAGCAAAAGUAAGAACUGUGAGAAGGAAGAUCUGCCUGCUGUAAGUGAAGAUCAGGUUCAAGACCAUCUAAAGAACCUGAAGGUGCACAAGUCCAUGGAACCUGAUGAGAUCCGUUCACAGGUUCUGAGGGAACUGGCAGAUGAAGUUGCCAAGCCACUAUCCAUCAUAUUUGAAAGGUCAUGGCAAUC